CUCUGCCUUCUCAUGUCGGCCUUUAAUGCUCGCUUCAAAAACCUAGUAGGCGGCUCGAGACGCAGAUCCUCCAACAACGUUGCGGCCCAAAACACCACGACCCCGCCCCCGGGAAGCGCCAGCUCGUUAUCCCCGCCCUCCAACGCCAGCUCGUCCACCACCUCGCUCCCGCAAGCUCCUCCCAUGAAUCCAAACAAUCCGCUCGGCCGCCCGCCCUCGUACACCUACGCUUCUCCCGCCGCCGGCAACCUGGCUGCCCCGCCGCCGCAUGGUCGCUCCAACAGCCCCAUGCCGCCUCCGCCUAUAAACACUGCCCCGGGCCACGGAUACCCUCCGCAAGGUCAGAUGUACGGUCAGGCGCCCCCGGUGGGCCCUCCAGGGUACCCGCCGCAACCCCAACAGCCUGCAUACGGCGGUUACGGGAAUCCGCCUGCGGGACCGCAAGCAUACAGCCGACCGGCGGCAGUCGAGGUCGAGGGCGCGGGACGGAGCAAGGCGCAGCUGAUCGUCGGCAUAGAUUUCGGUACCACUUUCUCCGGCGUCGCGUUUGCGUUUGCAACAAACACCGAGGCGAAGGAGGACAUCAUCACGGAGUGGCCAGGCGCAGGAAACCAGACCAAACAAAAGAUUCCCACCGUAUUGUACUACGACCAAUACCAGAAGGUUGUCGGAUGGGGUCCAGAUAUCGCGGACGCUUUGGCCCCCACGGGUUACCCCAAGCCGGGCGUGCAGAAGGUGGAGUGGUUCAAGCUGCAGUUGAUGCUCUCUGGAAAUACAUACAUCGACCCCAUCAACCUGCCGCCUCUCCCUCCGGGAAAAUCCGAGAUUGAUGUCGCUGCCGACUACCUCUUCCACCUGCGCCAAGCGAUGCGGAAUCAGCUACAAAAGACGCUGGGAGAAGUGUUCAACCGCGAGGAGCGUAACAUCCGAUACUAUCUUACGGUGCCUGCUAUUUGGAACGAUGCCGGAAAGGCUGCGACAAGAGCAGCAGCGAUUCAGGCUGGAUUCUUGCGUGAUGAAAAUGACAACCGGUUGACACUCGUCACGGAGCCAGAAGCAGCAGCAAUGUUCUGUUCCAAAACCGGAUUGUUGAACCUCAAGGUCCACGACGCCGUGCUUAUUGUCGACUGUGGUGGUGGCACGGUCGAUUUGAUCGCCUAUGAAGUCGAAGAGGAGCAGCCUUUCUCCGUCGCAGAAUGCACAGCUGGUUCCGGUGACUCCUGUGGUUCGACAGCGCUCAACCGCAACUUUAGCAACAUUCUGCGCGCCAAGAUCCGUAAGAUGAAGUUGCCAGACGGUUCCAGGACAGCAGGAAAGGUGUACGCCAAGUGCAUCAUGGACUUUGAGAACCGCAUUAAGGCAGACUUCCGGAACAACGGCCAGAAGUGGGCGGUCGACGUCGGAAUCGAGGCGGAGUACCCUGAGGCCGGCAUCGAGGAAGGUUACAUGACUUUCACCAACGAGGAGAUUCUACAGUGUUUCGAGCCGGUGGUGAACCGGAUUUUGGAACUUGUCAGAAAUCAAAUCAUCGCCAUCCAGGCGCAGAACAGGUCAUUACAGAACGUGCUCGUCGUCGGCGGAUUCGGCGCGUCAGAAUACCUCUUCCAACAGAUCAAGCUGCACGUGCCGCCACAGUUCCAAUCCAAGGUGGUGCGGCCGAUGGACUCGGUCGCUGCCAUCGUCAAAGGCGCGGUGACGGCGGGCAUCACGGAGCGCAUCGUGACACACCGAGUGGCGCGGCGACACUACCUGAUGGCGACGCUGCAACCGUUCAAGGAGGGCCACCACCCGGAGCAGUACCGAGUGCCGUCGUUGGACGGCAAGGACCGAUGCAAGUUUACGCGGCAGAUCUUCGUGCAGAAGGGCCAGCGGGUCAAGAUCGGCGAGCCGGUCAAGGUCUCGUUUUUCCGGCAGGUCGCGCCGGGUGCGACGCUCAUGUACGAGGACAUCUUGUACGCCUGCGACGACGAUGUGUGUCCCGAGUACACAAAGGAUCCACGCAUAAAAGAGGUGGUGACGCUGACGUCGGACCUGUCGCGCAAGAACCUGGAGAAGGACUUCGAGCGGAUGGACACGCCGCAGGGCACCUUCUACCGCGUCUACUUCGACAUCUACCUCACGCUCGACGGGUCCGAGUUCAACGCCGAGCUUGUCUGCCAGGGUGAGGUCAUGGGCCGCUGCUCUGCACGCUUCAGGUAGAGAGCAAGCGAGCGCAGACGUAUGGUAUGGUGCGAGCGUGUGGCGGUGCUGAAGAAAUGACGGGGCCGGAGAGUUAUAUUAUUGUCGUUGUUGUGGUGGUGCGAAGGAGGCGAAAAAAAAAAAAAAAAAACGCGAGGACGGA